CUGUCAGUAGACGAAAUGACGCGCCGGAGAGCGUUUCCGUUUGCGUUUUUGUCAGCGUUGGUGUUCUGCGUGACACUUCAACAAGUCAUUUCCGCUGAAACUAUUGAAAAUAAAAGCGUCACUGAGAAAGAGCAACCACUCGGUUGCAUUGAAUGCGGAUAUUACAGGUGUCCGGAAGACCCUGGAAAAUGUUUGUUGGGAUCGGUGCCUGAUCCUUGCGGAUGCUGUCCGGAUGGUUUGUGCGCCCGCUUCCUUGGCGAACCAUGCUGGAAUUCGAGCAUUUCUCUUCUGUCUCCAAAGAACCGUAACGAUGGAUACUGUGCAAGAAAUUAUCUGUGCGAGUUGCGAUCUGACCUACAAGAAGAGGAUACUCCAGAGGCAGCCUGUGUCUGUAUGGAACAGAGCCCGGCGUGUGGUAGCAAUAAUGAAACUUACGCGACACCAUGCGCGCUGCACGAGGAGGCAAUGAAACUCAGAAACUCAUCUUCCUUGAGGUUGCAACAUCUCGGUCCUUGUGAAAGUAGACCUUGGAUUCUGUCAACUUUAGAAGAUGUUGCCUCGCCUUUCGGUCAACGUGUCGCAUUAAAUUGCGAGGCAAAAGGAUUUCCAGUGCCGGAUAUCUUUUGGGAAUUUCACUCAGCUGAUGGAAGAAGAAUACUAAAACUGCCUGGAGAGGAACACGAGGCGACGGUACAUACGAGCGACGGCCCAGAGCCGCUUAUGCGAUCAUCGUGGAUGCAAUUGAGUCGACUAAACAAAGAACAUAUUGGAAUAUAUCAUUGCAUUGCUAACAAUUCCAUAGGGGAGGCAAGCACGACUUCAUUCGUGUCCAUGUCAUGAGAUAUUACUUAUAUUUCAUGAGAUAAUUUUUUAUAUAUUACGCAGGAAUAUAAUAUAGCAAGAAAAACAUAUUUUGGUAUUCAAAAAGUAUAUUUUUUUAACAAACAAACGUAGAAAAAAUUUUCCACACAGAUGACAUAAUUUUAGGAUUGAAUAGAUUUUAUUGAAAUGAAUCGCAUUUAUUGAUUCUUAUAAAGAAAUCUGCUUAUAAUAAAUCAAACACAAGCAAGAUUUAUUUUGUUCGACUUAUACUUUAAGCUUCUUUAAUGUUCUUGCCAUAUUCUUUAUUAUAUUCUUGCCAAUUCUGAUAUCAUAUUAAUAUUCUUCUGAAUCUGCUUACAACAUAAAGUCUCAUUUUUUAUCAUUGUUACCAAUCGCUUUGCGGCAGCGGCGGUGGACUGU